UUGUGAGUGCUCGACGGUUUUCCCCUCCUUUAAGUUCCCUUCCAGUUCCAAGCGGACACGUAUAUAAGCACCAGAGUACGCCAGGCUUCAAUUAGAAUUUCACUCGCAGUGAACCGGUACUGUUAGGUCUACUGUAAACAUAGCAUUUUCUCCCUUACAAAGGAGUAAGGUGUAAUCGAAAAGUUUGGUUUACCUCGUAAAUAAGAUUAAUUGCAUAGUUUUGAGUGCGCGUACUAUUUAACGAGGAUUUAUUUUAAUCAACUGAUUCUAGUGUGUUUCGUAUAGUCAAUAAUGCCUGUCGAAAUAGCACCUAUCGCGCCACCCGCGCAUAAGGCUAUGCCUACUUACAAUGGAGAGCAUACGAUGAAUAAGCUGUGUCGUCAAUUAUCUAUCGAGAGUCCUGGACUGACUAGCCGAGAUUGCGUCUUCAGUUUCGAUGUACCAAUUCCAGAGGUCCCGGAACACGGCGCAAGAAUCCGCGUAGUGUGUGCAGGGGCCUGCUACCAUCCUCGUCGUUCACCAAGUUUCUCCAGUCUCACUUCCGUAUCGAGCUCCGGUAGCCUUCCGUCGGAAGUCUCUCUCGAGGGUGACUUCCCAGUGACCCUACCGCAUCAUGGAGUUCGUGAUGCAGCUCUGUUUCCUGGUUACGAAGUGGCAGGAGUUGUCGAGACUCUGGGCGAAGAUCUGCCAGGCGAUUGUGGUUACGCCGUAGGAGACCGCGUCAUCUUAUACCCGUACGAAGGAAUUCCAAAUGCCUACGUCGAGUAUCUGGUCGUGCAUGAUCUCAAAUAUCUCAUAAAGAUCCCAGACAGUAUGCCGUUAAGCGUGGCUGCCAUGCUACCGACUGGUGCACUUCUUGCUAUGAACACAGUCUUCGCAGCACACGAGCACGUUCAGGCGUUGCUGGCACAAAGAGGCGACCACAGCGUCUGCAAAAUCCUUAUUGUGGGAACUGGAGGAUUGGCACUUUGGGCUAUGAGGAUUGCGGCAUAUCACUUCAGCAAUAUGAAGGACAGAGUGACCAUCACUGUUGCGUCCCUUAAAGAUGACGGCCUCAUGGUUGCACAGGAGUUUCAACGAACCUAUUGUGAUUACAGUGUAAACGUGGUGCAGUGGAACGAAGACUUGUAUGAGAAACAGCUGAUCGAACGCACCAUGGAUGCGUGUCAAGGUCCAGUCGACGUUGUGAUUGACUUCGGUACGACGUCACGCAGUUUACACAGGAGUAUGCAGUGCUUGAACAAGGGAGGCGUCGUAUUUGUUAUACGGGAGGUCGCCGAUAGACUUCUACCAAAGUUCAGCAGACGCGCUGAGGAAAGACAACAGAGUAUCAAGCCUGUCGAACAAGGGAGUCUUGAGCAGCUCCGAGAAUUGGUUGAACUGGUCGCUUCCGGUGAGAUUGAACCACCGCCACAUACGGUCUAUCCAGCGGAAGAUGCUCUUGAUGUCGUACACAAACUCUGCCAUUCCGAGAUUCACGGUAGAGCCAUUCUUCGCUUUUAUCCUACAGACUAAAUUAAUGUAUUCCAUUUUUAAGGCCUCAAUGGGGUUUUGAACACCGCUCGACGUUGUCCAUGCGAUGUUGGGCUCGUUGCGACGUCUUAGACGCAAGUCGUAUGACUUAAAUGACAUGUUUCUAUCGUUUAAUAGUUCCAAUUGAAUCUGUGAAAAUGUAGGCAAAGUCCAUAGUCUCGUUAUGUCACUUGGGACUUUGCUGAAAAAUGGUGAUAUUUAUUUUUCUAGUUUUCACGUCGCUUCGAGUCCGACCUGAAAUUAUCAACAGGGACAGCGUUUCGAGAGAAACCUUACAAGGUGUCUCCCUUCGAUUUUCUUCGUUUUGAGAUGUGUUUAUCGAAACCCAAGUAACACGUGUCAAAGUUGGACAAUUUUUCAAGUUUCACAUAUUUCCAAUCGAGAUAUUUAGAUGAAACCGAUUGGAGGAUAAUGGUCAUGACAAAUUAUGAAAAAUGCAUUUUGUUCUGUUCUGAUAGGCUAAGUUCCUUAAACAUGUGUCAGUCAGAUUUCGAUGGAUAAUAGCAUAUCUCAAAACGAACAAAAUCAGAGGGAGCCAUCUCGCAAAGUUUUCGUAUAAGUCACCUCUCGUUGUAUCUCUUAGAUCAGUAUUUUUUAUUUGACGUAAGUUAAUCCAUUGACUAUACAUGUUAUAAAAAUGAUAUCUUUAUAUCACAGUUGAAAUCCUUGUACCUUAAAAGACUGUUCGUUUAUUUAAUGUUCUUUUUUAAUUUUCUUCGACGAUAAUGUAGCAUCUAGAUACGCGUCAUAAUUUUAGUGUAAUAACUGUUAUUGUAACAGUGAAUGUACUAUAUGGUAAUAAUAUAGCAAAUACGUUUUUUAUAAAAAUUA